GGACAAAGAUUUAGUCGCAAGACAAACUUAAACCAACACAUGAGAAUUCACUCAGGAGACAAACCAUUCAGCUGUAAGAAAUGUGGACAAAGAUUUAGUCGCAAGACAAACUUAAACCAACACAUGAGAAUCCACACAGGAGACAAACCAUUCGGCUGUGAGAAAUGUGGACAAAGAUUUAGUCAGAAGACAAGCUUAAACCUACACAUGAGAAUCCACACAGGAGACAAACCAUUCAGCUGUGAUGAAUGUGGACAAAGAUUUAGUCGCAAGACAAACUUAAACCAACACAUGAGAAUCCACACAGGAGACAAACCAUUCAACUGUGAUGAAUGUGGACAAAGAUUUAGUGACAAGUCAAGCUUAAAACAACACAUGAGAAUCCACACAGGAGACAAGCCAUUCUUCUGUGAGGAAUGUGGACAAAGAUUUAGUCGCAAGACACACUUAAACCAACACAUGAGAAUCCACACAGGAGACAAGCCAUUCUUCUGUGAGAGAUGUGGACAAAGAUUUAGUCACAAGACAAGCUUAUACCAACACAUGAGAAUCCACACAGGAGACAAACCAUUCGUCUGUGAGAAAUGUGGACAAAGAUUUAGUCAGAAGACAAGCUUAUACCGACACAUAAAAAUCCACACAGGAGACAAACCAUUCUUCUGUGAGGAAUGUGGACAAAGAUUUACUCAUAAGACAAACUUAAACCGACACAUGAGAAUCCACACAGGAGACAAACCAUUCAACUGUGAUGAAUGUGGACAAAGAUUUACUCAAAACACACACUUAAACCUACACAUGAGAAUUCACACAGGAGACAAACCAUUCAACUGUGAUGAAUGUGGACAAAGAUUUAGUCGCAAGACAAACUUAAACCAACACAUGAGAAUCCACACAGGA